AUGCCGUAUGCCAACCAGCCACAAAUAGAAGUUACGGAGCUCAACAGCGAUGUUAUCAAGUUUGUACUGUCUGACACCGAUUUGAGUGUAGCAAACUCUCUAAGAAGAGUGUUUAUCGCUGAGGUUCCAACUAUAGCUAUUGACUGGGUCCAAAUUGAAACUAAUACGAGCGUUCUUCACGAUGAAUUUAUUGCACAUCGAAUGGGUUUGAUUCCGUUUAUAUCUGAUUAUGCAGUCGAAAAAAUGCAGUACACUAGGGAUUGCGAAUGCUCCGAGUUUUGCGAUGAGUGCUCAAUUCCGUUCGUCCUUCAAAAAAGGUGUAACGAUGAUCAUACUGUUGCCGUAACGACCGCAGAUCUUCAGCCCAUGCGCGAUACGGCUGUACGGCCGGCCUGUGGCAAUGCACUGCGAGAUCGAGGAAAUAUUCGCGAUGAUUAUAUGCAAAGAGAAGACAUUUUAAUUGUCAAAUUGAGAAAAGGGCAGGAGCUAAAUCUAAAAUGCUAUGCCAAAAAAGGGUUUGGUAAAGAACACGCCAAAUGGAAUCCAACUUGUGGAGUAGCGUUCGAAUAUGACCCUGAUAACGCAUUGAGACAUACAAUCUACCCAAAUCCGUCCGAAUGGCCGAGAAGUGAACAUUCGGAAUUACAAGAUGAAAAUGAGAAGCAAGCUCCUUAUGAUCCCAACGGCAAGCCAAAUAAAUUCUUUUUCUCAAUUGAAGGAACCGGAGCACUGCCUGCUCAGAAAAUUGUGACGAUGGGAAUUGCCGCGUUGAAGAAGAAACUUGAAGAUCUCCAAGCUGCCCUUCAAACAGAACUCAUGCAACACGGCGCUGGAUAA